AUGAUCAAUGAAAAGUGGGGACGAUUAUGUAAAUCAGCUAUUGCGUCCACAUUAACAAUGAAUUCUACUAACCAUCAAAGAUUCUCAUUGAAAAUAUUUCUUCUGCUACUGGUAAUUUUUCAUUGCAUAUCGCAACCAGUUUUAAGUCUAAGUUCUAAUGAAUUAUGUUUGAACAGAACAUGCAGUGGUUGUAUCGCUGGAUCACUGUCCUGUCAAGAAGGUGGACUUACACAUUUACCGGACAGUCUUAGCUCCGAUAUUCAGUCCAUGAUAUUAAUGGGUCAUAAAUUUCAUAAUCCAAUACUAACAAAUGAUAACUUCUCUACAUAUGCGCAGCAAAAUGUCAAAUUGCAGCGUCUCACACUUAGGAAUUGUGGUAUACAGUCAAUUCAACCUGGUACAUUCCAGUCAUUAAAAAGCCUACAACAGUUAGAUUUGUCUCAAAAUAAAGUCAAAUCAAUCCGAAAAGGUACAUUUGUAGGCUUACACUUGGAUUUUUUACGUCUAGAUGAAAACUUUGGAUUAAGCAUUGAAGAAGGUGCUUUUGAAGGUACUUCAGUUGUAUCACUGUCCAUAAAUCAGUGUGGUCUUAAAACCCUUAGAUAUGACACUCUCCUGCCAUUGAUCAACAGCAAACAACUAAAAAAUCUACAUUUGUCAGGCAACCAGUUAAUUACUUUAGAAAGUCGUUUAGAACCUAUUUUCAUUCAACUACAAAGUUUAUCCUUGGAACAAAAUCCGUUUAAAUGUGACUGUAGCUAA